CGUUCUCGUAGGUACCAUCACUCACUUUCCAGGAGCUUUGCAGAAGCACCCAUUGCUUUGCUUCACUGAGCCGGUGGCAGAGACAUCCAUCCUCGUCCCACCAGCCUCCCCCCGCCCUGAAAGAUGGUGAAGUACGGCCUCGACUACACGCGGUGCAGAUGGAUCCUACCCCUGCUCCUGGGCAUAGGUGUCAUCUUUGGUAUCAUUGCGCUGGCAGGCAGGGGCUGGCUGGAGUCGCAGACCUUGCCCUACGUGCAGCAAGCGUCGUUAUGGGAGAGCUGCAGGAGGCCUGGGCCGGGUGGGGAAUGGACCUGCGAGUCCCUCAUGGGUUACGCUUGGGGAAGAGCUGCUGCUGCCACAUACCUGGUCGGCUUUAUACUUCUAGUCAUCUGUUUUGCUCUGGCCAUCAUAGCAUUUGCCAUUGACACACUUCGGUUCAACUUCAUACGUGGGAUUGGAGGCUUGCUUUUUGUCGCUGCUGUGUUCUCCAUCAUGGGCCUGGUCAUUUAUCCAGUAAAGUUCUCGACUGAAAUUGAUAUGACGGGGAUCAAUAUGUUCAGCUGGGCCUACGGCUUCGGCUGGACCACCGCCAUUAUGGAAAUAUGCUUGGGAUUCUUCUUCUGCUGCCUUCCUAACUAUGAAGAUCAGAUCUUGGGUAAUGUGAAGCCCACAUAUUUUUACUCUUCCCCAUAAGCACCAGGAAAAAUGCGUUAGUAUUCCAGAGAUAUCUGACAGACCAACUACAUUUUCCAGAAUAUUGUCAUCAGCUGUUAGUUGAAAAGGCUGGAAACUUUUCAAAUACAUGUAGAGAAAUGGUACUGGCACUCUACAAUAAAGUUAUCUACUCUGUUUUGGACCUUCAUAUCUGAUGUGGGUUGAUUAGAUAAAGCCUAAACAUGAAAAAAACUUGUGUUUACUCAUUCAUUCCCAUGAGUGGGGUGUAUGUGUAUUCCAUUGCAUCUUAAAUGCAUUCAUAUUACUAAUUACAUUCAGAAAAGCUUUUUAAACUGCCAAUAAACAAAACAAGCUUCUUCCUGAAGGAAAGCAGCUCACAAAUAUCCCAUUUUGUAUGUAUCAUCUUUAACUUGAAGAUAUUGCACAUUUUUCAAUAAAAUACCUUUAUCACUGGCUGCCAAAUUAGUAAAUUAGUCAGCCAGCACUUCACAUCUUUGCUUCCAUUUUUCAUUCAUUCACUUAAGCUGUAGGCACAGGGUAAGGAAAGUAUGAGAAAAAGCUCCCUACCCAAGCCAGCAUCUUGACUUUUGCCCAUCCAUGUGGAAUUUAAGUAUUUAUUUCUAAAUAUUUGCAAGGGUAAGCAAGGACUGUCAGUAAACCCUUAAAAAUCUUGGCAUGCUAUUUUUGGGGCCAGUGCAGAGCAGGCAGAAGCAGAGGGGAUUUCAAGUCACCUCUGCAACCUACAGACCUGGUUUGAAGAGGGUCCUGGUGUGGCUUUCUUCAUGGGUGUCUGCCUCUUUUCUCCACUGUAUCAAAAUCUAUGGCUUAAAAAGCUCUGUUAUAAUGGUCCAGCUCUUUUAUCCAGAGUAGAAGAGUCAGGAAGGGCUUAAACAGAGGUAUGUUUCCCCUACAUGUCAGGAGUUGAGCAUAUCAAAUAUUUUUUAGAAGGACCAUUUUUCACUGAUUUGCUGUUCAUAAGUAUUUUAAAAGUGGAAAGUGUAUACUAUUUUAUGUAACUGGAAAAUGCAUAAAUACCCCUUACCAAUGCAUACUAAGGCUCUCACAGAGAAAAUCACAUCAUAAAACCCCUUUCAGUAUCUUGUACUCCACAGUGGCACAAGCCUUGAUAUAUUGCAAGCAAUUAAGUGUAUACUCAAGACUCUGCUGGUUUCUGCCUUGUUAAUCCUAACUUUAUAAUGUUCCAUUUUUUUCUCUUAAGUGAAAAAAUGGAUACUUUUGCUGUGUGGAAAAAGAAGUCUAGUCAAAAUCCUUAGCUGCAGGGGAUUAUUAGCUUGUAACACAUCUGCAGGUUUUUAACUAUGUGCACUUCAUGGAAAGUGCCCUGCCAAAUGUUCUUUACUGCAAAGAGUGAGAGGUAGAAAAAAAAUUAGUAAAGGUUCUGCAUAGCUAAAAUUAAUAAAGUCCCAGGACUUAACCUGUUUUUUUGAAGCAGCUAACUUCAUUUACUUUUAUAGAGUGUCUUCCAACCUCAAUCAAUAAAUAUAAGAGAUGUAUCAGACCAAUGGGGAGGGUAUAUGCAACAGGGAAUAGUUAGUCAAGAACUUGCAAAUACAUUAAGAAGGUGUUUCCUAGUUGGAAGGAAAUUAAAAUGAAAUAGAGUUGAGAAAGCAGUUUGUAUAAAAUGUCUUGAAAUUCUUUUUGUAAUGCUAUCUG